GGAGUGAGCGAGUUCCUGGGGUUGGAGAGGUGGGAUGAGAAGGAACAACUGGAUGGACAAACCUCUGAUGUGCUGUUUGCCUAUGUCUCCCCUCCUCUGUGCCUUACUGUCCCUGUUUUCCUUUGCUGCCCUACUGGAAAGUGCCCAGUGGAAACUGCAGGAAAAUGUGUUUGUCAUCGACUCCCAGUGGGACGCCGAGGCCCCGGCCACCACGGUGGAGCUCAGCUGUGCCAGCCCCGAGGAGGCAGUUUACUGGAGAAAGGACUCCAGUCCUUUCCAGGAAGGAAAACAAAGAGGGAAGACUCUGAGAGUGGCAGUGAAGGAGCUCCCGGACGCCGGCAACUACAGCUGUGUGAGCGAGGAGAGCCACAGGGUGCUGAGCUCCAUCCUCCUCCUCAUGGCCAGGAUCAGCCCCAGCGGCCACAUGAUGAGGGACAUCCUCAGAGCCUUCGAGGAGCCCAACAGAACAUUUCUGAAGUGUGAGGCAAAGAACUACUCUGGAAUUUUCACAUGUUCCUGGAUGACAGACUAUAACCCAAAUGUGAAGUUCACCAUCAGAAGCCUGGAAGGCCCCCAGGGUGAUGUGUCCUGCAGCAGCCCCGUGGCUGUCACCGAGGGGGCCCUGACCACCUACACAGCCCAGUGCCACAAGGAGAGCUUCUGUCCCUUUGCUGAGGAGCAGCAGCCCAUCGACAUCACCCUGGAGGCCAUUGAUGAGGUGUUGUAUGAGAACUACAGCGCCAGCUUCUUCAUCAGGGACAUCAUAAAGCCUGAUCCCCCCCAGUGCCAGUACGUGGCCAGCAAUGGAACAGUGACCUGGACAUACCCCAGGACCUGGAGCACCCCAAACUCCUACUUCCCUUUGACUUUCAAGGUCAAAGUUAAAAGCACAAAGAGACACAGAUACCAGGUGUACGACACGGAGGAGCAGUGGGUGCAGCUGCCAGCCCCCGGGCCAGCAGAGGUGUGGGUGCAGGCCAGGGACUGCUGCUACCUCAGCUCCUGGAGCCAGUGGUCCUCGCCCUGCAGGUAA